AUGCUGGGCGAGUACCAGACCGCCCUCCAAGAGCUCGACCGCCGCCACGGAAUCCUCAAGACGAUCAAGGAGAGAAACAACUUGAACAAGCCUUGCGUCCAUGCCGAGAUCCUAGUCUUGGAGCACUUCUGGGUCGACAACAGGACUUUUGCCUUUGGCGACCGCUUCAUCGGCUGCAGCAAGCCUGCUUGCUACUGCUGCAAGCGGUGCAUUGAAGGCCACCCCAUGGGCUGCGUCGUCCCGGACUCGCACGAAAAGUUCUAUCCCAACUGGAGCCCGCCGCUGCUUGGGGUGGAGGGCCGUGGAUUUCCACUGAGGCGGAAAGCCCUCCAGACCAUCAUCGAGUCCUAUCGCGUUUCCGCUCUGGAGCAGAUCUUGCAGCGGAGUGGGCGCGCGGCGCGUUGGCAUCCGGACUCGGUCACGGCCAUCACUAGCCGUAUCGAUGAAUUCUUUGUGGGUAAAGCUUCCUGA